CAUGCCCAAUGGAACGGUCAUCCCACCCGGCGCCUGCGCUUGCAUUGGACUACAAUCCCACAAUGCUAAAGUGUUGGAGGUCCAUGGCGGAGAGCAAUGACUGAGGAGUUUGAUGAAGAUGUGGUAUUCGAGAAUUCUCCGCUGUUCCAAUACUUGCAGGAUUUAGGACACACGGAUUUCGAAACAUGUGCAGCUGUGUUCCAGAAGGCAGAACAAUGCACAGGAGAGGAGGGGCUCCACCAACAGGAUAUACACACCACACCAAGACGAGGCCUUUUCUUGAAACUGGCUGAUGCCAUUCUGAGGUUGAACCCUUUCCAGCAAGGCAAAACAUCAGACAGCCCAGAGAUGCAGUUGGAUGUGGGAUUUCGGCAGUAUUCGCUGCAUACCAUCCUGGAACAGGAAGUGCUGCUACAGGAGGAUGUGGAGCUGAUUGAGCUUCUCGACCCCAGUAUCCUGUCCACAGGACACUCGGAGCAAGCAGAAAGUGGCGACGCUUUAGGCCUGCGCUUCACAGGAACUCUAAAUUUUUGGGACCUCUCUAUACUGGCUGCCUUUAUUGGGGUCCUGAUCGCCAUGCACCUGCUCUUUGAUGUGUCCUGGGUGGCCCUGGGGCCGAGCCUCCUCGCUUUCAGCGCCUUCAUGUUUCUUAGGGGGCUGAGUCUCUGGAAGACCGCCAGCCUGCGGAUGACUAUGAGAAAGUGCAGCAUCCAGCUGGAGGAGCUGACAGCCAACAGCCGCGCCUUCACCAGCCUGGUGAGGAAAGCACUGCGCCUCGUUCAGGAAACAGAAGUCAUCUCCAGAGGGUUCACCCUUUUGCUUGACAGGGUCAGUGCUGCUUGUCCAUUUAAUAAAGCCGAGCGACACCGUGGUCAGCAGCUGAUCGGCCUUCGGAAAGCAGUGUACAAAGCCCUGAGAGCCACCUUCCGAGCCUCUCGACUGGCCACCUGCCACAUGCUGAAGUCGUACCCCCUGAACUCGGAGAUAGACAAUGUGACGAACUAUGUGUCAGCGGUGCCCCUGAAGGAGCUGGGUUUAGGGUUGAGCGAGGAACUGCUGUCAGAUGAGCAGGCCCAGGAGCUCACUGAUGACUACAGUCUACCCGCACUGAAGGUACUUUUUCAACUGUGGGUGGGGCAAAGUUCUGAGUUCUUCCGGAGGCUGGCUUUGCUCCUGUCCCCAGUGCACAUGCCCACAGACUCGGGUCUGAGCCCUGAGCAUCUGAUGCACCGAGUAGUGACGGAGGUGACAGGGCCACUGCACCGCACGCUGACCACAUACCUGGAGGAACUGCGCCGCAGCUAUGAGUUCCACCGCUACUUCGAGACACAACACCAGCCGCAGGGAGAGGGAGAGCGCUCCAACAGGGCCAGGCAGAAGUGCAGGGAGCUCAACAGCCUGUACACUGCUGUGCGCAGCCUCCAGCUCCAUCUCAAAGCCCUGCUCAAUGAAGUGAUCAUUCUGGAGGAUGACAUAGAGAAGCUGAUGGUUUCCGAGGAGCCUCCAGAGAUGACUUGCGCAGUAUACCAGGACCUGGAGCAGAAACUGAAGCUGAUCCAGCCACACAUGCAGGCCAGCUCAAGCUGCUGGGAGGAGGCGGUGUCCCAGGUUGACAAAAUGAUACGCAGAGCCACGGGCUGCAAAGGAAAGCCUGAAACUCCAGAUGAGAGCUUCACUCCUGUCCUUACUCCCACGUCCCGUCCUGUCACACUGAUCGAGGACAGAGAUCCUGUCCCAGAGGAGCAGGAGCUGGAAGCCUAUGUGGAUGACUCUGAGUCAGAUGGAGAGGGUGGGGGGGUGGGGUUUGACUACCUGUCUCCAGAGGAGAGAGAGCGGCAGAAGAAGGAAGGCGAGGAAUCCAAGAGGGUCCUACUAGAACUCAAAUCAGUGCUGGGGCUCCGAGCCUCCGAGAUGGAGAGGCAGAAGUGGAAGCAGCUGCUGUUCAGCGAUCAAGCUAUUUUGAAGCCUAUAGUGCCUGCAGAGACUUUAAAACCUGUUGCUACCUCUGAUUCACCCCAGUCCACAGCCUCCCCUCCACAGGAGUGCAGUCGGUAUAAUCAUGUCCCUAAAGAGGACGGUGACUGUAGCAGUGAGUUCACUGGCAAUGCUGCAGACUGUCAGACAGAGUAUUGCUGUGCUCUGCCAGAGGGGGCGCAGAGUGAGGAGGACACUACAGACAAGGAGACUUUGAACUCCCACAGGGCCGAGGGAAUGCUGCACUAUCAGUACGAUGGGACGGAAGCAGAUGCUGAGAGUGAUGUAGCUGCUGCUGAAACCAUGCCCUCCCAGAACGUUUUGGAGAAGGUUUUGCCAGCCACUGUGCAGGAGAGGCUAAGUGGACUGCGUGGGUCUGCAGCUAUCAGUUUCAGCUCUGCUUUAGCUGCUCAGGCAGCGGCCAGAUCGUACGCCUUCUCCAGCAUGCAAGAGCAGACCUUCGGAGAGGAUGAGGAUGAGGAUGAGGAUGGGGGUGAAGGUGAGGGGGAGGAUGGGGGGGAAAACUGAGCGGUGACUGAGGAAUAGAGAAGCUGGAGCUAAUUUACUGGCACGCAUUCUUGGAAACUACAAAGGAUAUUCAUUUUAAUAUUUUCUGUUAUUUAUAGAAAUACUAUAAGUAUGUCUGUUUAAUUGUGUGAUUUUUUUAAAACAACUUUUAUUUUAACAGAAAACUAUUCUUUUAUGGAUGAACAGAAUACUUAACCAGAAUGCUUUAAUAUUCCUGUACCUCAUUUCAACUGUCCACAAUACUGUUCUGGAAGUCAUUCUUGAUUAGAACCCCCUUUGUAACUGUCCUUCUUCCCCCUCUGCAUGGGGGGGGGGGGGGGGGGGGGGGGGUCAGCAUUGGCUGUGCGGUUCAAAAGAUGAAUACCUCAUAAUGGGUCAAUAUGGCUCUGUCUUCCCACAAAUGCUCGCUAUACAUGUUUUUUGUUUGGUAGUAUGUCUGUGAGCUGUCUUAACAAUAACUCAUUAGAGCAUGCUUCUGUCUGAGCAGGGCAACAUUGGACAAUGGAAGUGUAGUAUCGAAGCACUGUUCAUGGAGUAGAUCAACCCUUUGCACUACUGUCCAGCAAAUGGGCCAAGGUGCUGAAACUCACAACGGAUUUUCUGAAUCAUAAAGAAUGCUUUUCUUGGUCUUAAUUGCCAUCUCAGUAUUUUGAUGGUGGGUGACAAGAUUGGACAGACAACUGAAGCAGAGACAUACCAUGCUGCUUUAAACAAUGAAACACACUUAAUCAGUGAUGGGGAUUGAUCUGCAGUGUCUGACCAGAGUAACAGCUGCUGAGGCCUUGACUCUGCAUAGUAGUGGUAUUUUAGAGUAGAGAAGCAAAGAGUAUGCCAGCUAAAGUUGAAAAUACAUUUUGUGUUCUUGGGUAUGGUACCUGUACAUUUGAAUGUAUUUCUAAAGCCUGAACCAGGACAUGUGCUCUGAAGAUGGACUUGGUCCUUAGAGCAGGUACGAAAAUACUUCUGUUUCUUUAACAACAUGAUUGUUUGGUGAUUUAUUUCAUUAAAAUGUCUGUGCGCAGCUGAGCAGUCUUUUGCUCACCAACACAUCUCACAAAAGGCAAAGGGGUUUCAUUGAUGUAACAGAAAAUAAGCCAUUUAUUGCACAUCACACUGUUUUAAUCAUGACACAAGGAUGAAAAGGUUUUGCUGUCAUAGUACUGGGAAAAUGAUACAUUAACAGCUAUUUCACAAACCUUGAUUGUCACGAAUCUUGGGCUACCAUAACUAAAAUAACAUUAGGUAGUCUAAGAUUAGUCCUAAUCGGGGUCUGUGAAACCAGACCUAAAAGUAAUAUUUGUAAUCUAAUGUAAGACAAAAAGGUACAUUGGAGAAAACAUGGUACAAGGCCUUGUAUCAAAAACGACUAUGUAGGAUCUUCAAAAAAUAUUGUUAUAUUGUUUGUUCGAUUAUUUUUUGGUCUACAGCUUAGAUAAAACAGCACACAGCUUUUACAUUUUACAAAUAGUUUUCUUUUACAAAAAUAAAAACAUCACAUUUUGUUCACUCCAAAUACAUUACAUCUUUUAGCAAGACUGUAUAAUUACACAAUGUGAAAAACAAAUAAGAAUUUUACAUAUUAAAUUUGUACGAUGAAAUUGACCUUAAUAAAACUUUUUUUUUUUUUUUUUUUUUUUUGUGUGUAAACCUCCUGUGUAAUCUAAAAGCCCUUCUUUAAUUUGGUUGGUUUGUAAUAUCUUUGUAUGAUGGAUGUUGACGAGGCACAUGUGCUGUUUGGAUUGCACUCAGUCACCACAAACCAUUGACUUUGAAUGUUCUGUUAUCCGAUAUUUUAAAUAAAUAUUGCAGUAUUCCUAUACAGAGUAUUGAUUCAUGAGUGACUUGUCUUUGUUUCCACACUCCAAGUCCUCUAAACACUACAGUGAAACAAAUAAAUAAAACUAUAUAAACAUAAUUUAGAUCUUUUAUUUAACAUCAUGUAA